AUGAUAAAAUGCAGCAUUCAGGAUCCUCACUCUCCACUUCACAGGUAUCAUCAGCCAGGAGACAUCAUUAUUGGUGGUGUUGUAUUUCAGGGUGUCUUCAUCUCCAGCCCAACAUCCUUCACAGAAGAACCCCCACCAGACUUGCUGGAAGACCUUGUCAUUGUGCCUAAGGAUUACCAGCAUCUCCUGGCCUUUGCAUUUGCCAUAAAAGAGAUCAAUGAAAACUCUAAGAUAUUGCCAAACCUCACCUUGGGCUUCCGUAUCUAUGACAGCAAUAACAAUGCAAGAAGAACCUAUCAUGCAACCAUGUUACUUCUAUCGUUACUGGAGAGAUUGGUCCCUAACUAUGUAUGUGACAUUCAGAGGAACCUUAUAGCUGUUAUUGGGGGAUUAGACCCCGAAAUCUCUCUUCAAAUGGCAAAUAUCUUGGAUAUCUAUAAGAUUCCACAGCUCACAUAUGGCAUUGCUCCGGUCAUGAAUGAUAAGACUCCAGGACUUCCCUUCUACCAGAUGGUUCCUCAGGAAGCUCUUCAGAAUGAGGGGAUUCUCUACUUGCUCCUACAUUUCAGGUGGACAUGGAUUGGAAUGGUUUAUAUAGGCAAUGACAAUGGAGAAAAAUUUAUGCAAACUGUGUCUCCAAUGUUUUCCCAGAGAGGUAUCUGUUUUGCCUUUAUAGAAAGAAUCCCCAAAUUUACUUGUGACACUGGAAUGUAUGGCAUUUUAGAACAGGGAUUAAAGAUACAUGAGAAAGUGAUGGGUAGCAAUGCCAAUGUAGUAGUGGCUCAUGCAGAAUCAUAUUCCAGUGCAAUUUUUCGAUUUUUGCCACAGCUAUCACAAGAAGAGCACAGAGCAAACAAAAUAAAAGGCAAAGUAUGGAUAACGACAGCCCAGAUGGAGAUCAAUACAUUUGUUUUUCAGAGGAAUUUGGAUGGAGGAAUAUUCCAUGGUGCUCUCUCCUUCAGGAUUCACUCCAAUGAUCCACCAGGAUUUAAGUCAUUUGAGGAGAGCAGAAAUCCUUUCAGCACAAGAGGAGAUGGUUUUAUCAGGGAUAUUUGGCAACAAGUAUUUGGCUGUAUAUUCCCAGAUACAGCAGGGGAUGAUGUGGAAGCUGAGAUUUGCACUGGAAGGGAAAAGUUGGAGAGCCUACCUGGAUCUUUUUUUGAAAUGAGCAUGACUGGCCAAAGCUACAGCAUCUACAACGCUGUCUAUGCUGUUGCCCAUGCUCUACAUGCCAUGUCCUCAUCUAAAUAUAAACAUAAAACCAUGGUGGAUACUAAAGGAAAUAAUCUUCAGGAUGAUCAGUGGUGGAAGGUUAAACACUUCAAAAACGAACACACAGAACUUCAAGAAAUCUUAAACAAGCUCCAUCAGUUUCUUAGAGGUGUCUCAUUUAACAACAGUGCUCAGAAUGAGGUUUUCUUUAAUGAGAAUGCAGAGGUAGUAGCAGGAUUUGAUAUUAUCACCUUGAAUAUUUCUUCCAAUAAAUCCUUUCUCCGAGUGAAAGUUGGAACGAUAGAUCCUCAUACUUCUCCAGACCAAGCACCAACGAUUGAUGAGGAUGCUAUAUUAUGGCACAGCUGGUUUAACAAGGUCAGCUCAGCAUUUUGUGAAGCCACAUUGUCUUCUUCUGUUGUCUUCUACUUUUUACCUUUGUUAGAAUUGUUUACACGACCACUUUCUAUAUGUACUGAGAGUUGCCAUCCUGGUUCCAGCAAGAGAGUGAAGGAGGGGAAGCCACACUGCUGCUAUGAUUGCAUCCCAUGUCCAGAAGGGAAGAUUUCAAACCAGGAAGAUAUGAAUGACUGUAACACAUGCUCAGAUGAAGACUAUCCAAGCAAGAAUAAGGAUUUCUGUAUUCCCAAGAGCAUAACCUUCUUGUCUUAUGAGGAACCUCUGGGGAUCAGUUUAGCUUUUUUUGCUCUUUCCUUUUUUUUUAUCACAGCUCUGGUGAUGGGGAUGUUUGUGAAGCAUCACAACACUCCCAUAGUCAAAGCCAACAGCUGGAUCCUUACCUACACUCUCCUCAUUUCUCUCCUGCUCUGCUUCCUUUGCACAUUGCUGUUUAUUGGCCGUCCUCAAAAGAGGACGUGUCUCCUCCGACAAACUGCCUUUGCCAUCAUCUUCUCUGUGGCUGUUUCUUCUGUACUAGCAAAAACCAUCAUGGUAGUUCUGGCUUUCAUGGCCACCAAACCAGGAUCUGGAAUGAGGAAGUGGUUGGGGAAGGAACUAGCCAUCUCCAUUGUUCUUUCCUGCUCCCUUAUCCAAUCAGGGAUCUGUACUGUGUGGUUGGGAACAUUUCCCCCAUUCCCAGAUGUUGACAUGCACUCAGUGGCUGAAGAAAUUGUACUGGAAUGUAAUGAGGGCUCUGUGACAAUGUUUUACUGUGCCCUGGGCUACAUGGGCUUCUUGGCAUUUAUCAGUUUCACUGUGGCCUUCCUCUCCAGGAAGUUACCUGGUACUUUCAAUGAAGCCAAGUUCAUCACUUUCAGCAUGUUGAUCUUUUGCAGUGUUUGGUUAUGUUUUAUUCCAUCCUACCUAAGCACUAAAGGUAAAUACAUGGUGGCUGUGGAGAUCUUCUCCAUUUUAGCCUCCAGUGCUGGAUUGCUGAGUUGCAUCUUUUCCCCCAAAUGUUACAUUAUUGUGCUGAGGCCUGAGCUGAACAAAAAAGCUUAUCUAAUAAGAAGAAAAACCUAA